AUUGCAAUGGUAAAUUACUGGGAAUGGAACACUUGACGCCUCCUUCACGCCGCGCAAUUUCAAGUACCGCUGCUCUCCUGAGAGGCACUCAAAAACAGCUCCAAGACCCCUCUCCAGGAUUCUAUGAAUCCGGAACCUGCCGUCGGAGGAGGACUACCUCUUAAGAAGCUGAAAUAUGUUCCUGGUAGGCCAGGGGGUGGAGGAAGAUAUAUCGGAGUUGCAGUUAGAGAAACAGUCAAGCCGAAACCAAAGCCGCAGCCUAGACUGAAACAACCCAAAUUGAGCCGAAACACCAAAACUGAAUCUAAAGGCAGAACUAAAUAAAUGCUACUGGCUCUGUUCACACGUUUUGGUCCGGAAGCAUACA